AAUUGAUGACAUAAUAAAUGAAGCCAAAAGUAUUUGCACUGAACCCCAAGGCAACAAAAGGAGACGACGUAAUAAUAGCAGUCAUGAUCAGCGAGUUGCCGCAUUAGAAGUAUGCGACAAUAUAGUGAAUUCUGCAAAUGAAUGAAUUUCAAUUCAAAGAUCAUUUGGUAGCCGCAUCCCUUUUUUUCCCCGAACACGUUGGAGAAUACUGUGCUGGAAACUACCUGCUUGGCUUAUCCCAAAUUAGAAAAAAGUCGUUUAAAGACACAGUUGUCUGUUAUUUAUGCACGGAAUGAUUGCCG